CCCAACAGCGGCAGCUCUGCUGCUACUACUGCUGCUCCGCUCUGGAGGACGACACUUCCGCACCGAGAGGCCAGCGUUUAUGGGCGUGUAACUUUGCAGCCACCACGAGCUCUUCAGGGGAGAACGGCAACUCCCAAAAUAGCAAUGCGAUUUCGGGAAGCCUCCGGUAAGAAAAAAAGAAAGAUGGCUGGAGCAGUUUCACCAAUAACUCGACAAGUAACUAAAGAAAACCAGGACUUCGGGACCGCGUCUGUCGAUUUUCGUCUCGAAGACGUCGAGGACUGUUUGAUAUACGACCGGCACGGAGUCCCUGUUCCGUUCAAGAAAUUAUAUCAAGAAAGGAAAUCGGUCAUUAUUUUCGUGCGGAAUUUCCUGUGCUACAGCUGUAAAGAAUAUGUGGAGGAUCUGAGCAAAAUACCCCGAGAAGCACUGGAGGAUGCUGACAUUCGACUGGUUGUGAUCGGUCAGUCUGCUCAUCGCCACAUUCAGCCAUUCUGCUCGCUGACAGGGUAUCCCUAUGAACUAUACGUGGACCCGGAUCGGUGCAUUUAUCAAAAGCUUGGGAUGAAGAGAGAGGAAACAUAUACAGACUCAGGGGGACAUGCAUCAACAAGGUGGAGCCAUCAUUGCAGGACCAGGCUCCCAAGUUCAUUUCUCCCAUUUCGACAUGAACCGGCUGGACCACAUGCCCAUCGACUGGCUCCUGCAGCACGCCGGACUUCAACAGACUCUGGACUUCAGCCACAAGCCAAAGAUCAUCCAUGUGUAGCUGGGCAGCCCGGCGAUGCACACAAGGCGUGUUCGGUCGACAAAAAGGAGUUUGGGCCAAAUCAAUAAUAUAUAGUAAUGUGUUUCUGAGUCUGUUGUCUAUCAUGAGACGGCCUGUGUGGUGGAUGGUUGAGUGUGUAAAAGGGAUAUGAAUGCAUUAUUGUUGAACACAUUUCCAUUAGAGUUGUAUUAUAUGUCUGUUGUAUAGUAAGAUGGUUGCGUGGAUGAACAAUUCAAAAUAAAUGGUGCACUGAUAGAAGUGAUUGGAUUCUUA